UUCAUUGUUCUGUACUCGCGAGGCGAGGAGAAAGCGGAUAAGCAAGAAGGCGGCCAUGUCUGCAACCAUCAAACAUUCAUUGCGUCCUCCAUCAAAUCCAAUCCAUUUCGCCGCGAUCUCAAGGAAGUUUCUCAUAUCACAUUCUUCCUCCACGAAGAUUUUGCACAAAAGUUUCUCAGCACCGCGUCUCAAAAUCGUGAAAUGUAGCUCGGAAUCGAACGGCGGAGAGGAAAACAUUCAAAACAAUGUCAAUUUGAAGGAUGCUUUGUCCAGCAUGGUCGGUAAUCAAGUGGAGGAACUCUUGAAUAAGGAGGAGAACAGAGGUUUGCUUGAUGGCUUGGAGAAGGCGUCGAUGAGAGUCGAAAUCGCCAAGAGGCAGCUCGCUGAGAUCGAGCAACAAGAACUUGAGCUCAAACGAUUCAAGGAUUAUGUUAACCAGCUCGAAAACAGAGCAUCGGAGAUCGCAGAAUGUCAAAAGGAGAUAAUGGAGGCAAGAGGGAUGAUUGAGGAGGCCGAGCGCUCUCUUUCGCAAAGUGAGGGUGGAGAUGCUAUUAGCAAUAGAAAAGAUGGGGAGCUUGACAGAGAGGAAGAGAGACUGGAGUCUAUAAAGGCAGCUUCCAUAUCUGCCAUUGUUGGCACACUUGCUGGACUGCCAAUCUUUCUUACUCAGGCGACCAACACAUCUCAGCUUGUACUUCCUACAGCAAUCACCCUUAUUAGCUGUGCCUUAUUUGGAGUCACAUUCCGAUACACGAUAAGGAGAGACUUGGACAAUAUUCAGCUUAAGACUGGGACAUCUGCUGCUUUUGGCUUUGUUAAAGGUCUUGCAACGCUGGAUGGUGGACUCCCUCUGGAACUUAAUGCUGAGAGUUUCUCAUCGCAUGCUUUCGAUGCUGCUGUGUAUAUAUCUGAAAAUCUUUAUGUAUUUAUUUCUGCUGCCGUUGCCCUGGAUUACUGUUUCAAGAUGAGGUUAUUAAGCCCUUUUCCUAUCAGGAAAUCAAUACAAUAGGUAAGUUAGAAAUGAAGUUCGUUUUAGGAAGGUCAAACUCCCGUGAUCGAAGUUCAUGCUAUCGAACUCCAAGCUAUAUACGGUUUUCAUUUGAGUAUCGGUCAUGACCUGAUGUUUUCAUGAAC